AUGCCCGUCAUGAAGCAAGAAUACUCCCUCUGGGACAUCCUCACCUCCCUCCUCUUCCCCCAAAAGUUCAUCCUCCUUUCCCUCACCUUCCUCCCCCGAACCAUCCUCUCCCAACCUUCCCUCCUCCUCCCCUGGAACCUCCCCCUCCUCAAAUCCCUCUGGUUCACCCGCUUCUGGUCCUUCGUCGGCCCCCAAGUCAGAGAAAACUCCUCCGCCCUCGUCAUCCCCCUUUUAUCAGGGCACAUCUCCAGGGGCAUCACCCACCCAUCCCCAAUCCACCCCCCCCUAUCCGGCACAGUCCUCGAGAUAGGCCCCGGUUCGGGAAUGUGGCUCCCCACCCUCUCCCAAAUCCCCUCCAUCACCAAGAUCUACGGCGUCGAGCCGAACGAGGGAAACGCCGCCUCCCUGCGCCAAACGGUCAAAACUGCCGGGUUGGAAGGGAGAUACAAUGUCAUCCCCGUCGGGAUCGAGGACCUCGAGGCGGUGGCGCAUAUCGAAAAGGGGAGCGUGGACAGCGUCAUGACCGUCAUGUGCCUCUGCUCGAUCCCCGAGCCGCAAAAAAACAUCAAGAUGCUGUACGAGUACCUCAAGCCAGACGGGAAGUGGUACGUGUACGAGCACGUCAAGACUUUUGACGGGGAACUGCCGGGGCAAGGGGAGCCCUGGGAACCCAAGCAGCCAAAGUGGCUGGGGUGGUAUCAGUCCUUUAUGAACAUUUUCUGGCCUCACUUCGUGGGUGGCUGUGAGAUGUGCAGAGAUACAUCCAAGUACCUCCUCCAAGACGCGGGCCCGUGGCAAGAAGUCGAUCUGGCCCAACCGGCCAACUCGCCUUGGUUCCAGACCAUGCCACACAUCAUUGGUGUCUUGACAAAGUAG